AUGGCAACUAUAAACGUAAAAUUUAAAUUAAAUAAAUAUACUUACGAAAGAGAAGCGGGAACAAUUCUUAUCGAGGUAGAGGAUGAAAUUCUUUUAUAUAAAGAGGAUGGAACAGCACUUCCCCAAGCAGAAUUUAUUAAUAGUAGAGAUAACCAAGAAGUCGAAGUUGGAACCACAAUUACUCAGAUUGUGAUAGAUGUUAGUUCUAAACUGGCGGAACUCAGUGAUGAAACUUCUUUAAUGGCUCUGCUGUUUAGUUUAAAAAAAUCGGCGACUAAAAACCGAGCGGAGGUUCCUUUCCAAUAUGAUAAUGUCACUAAGCGAGGAAUAACAACGGUGGAGAAUUGGAUUACCUUGACGGUUGAGGUUCCAGCCGAUAAUAAAUAUAAUAUAAAUGAAGAUGGAGACACUUUAAUUUUAACCCCCGACGAUUUUGCUGAAUUUAAAGUCCGAAAAAUAGUAAAUAUUAAUAAUUAUAAGGAUGGGGAAGUGGGGGAGGAUAAAGAAGAUAUUAGUCAUUUAAAGGAUGAAUUGAUUGAAUAUUUUGAAGCAAAUAAAAAAAUUUCAGGAAAUUUAACUGAUUACAUUACUAAAGCUAAAAAUUUUAAAUCUAAAAAACACUUUUACGAAUUAAAAACUGACGAAAAUGGAGAUAAAUUUAAUUUUACCUCUACUUUUAAAGAUACUAACGCUGUUAAAAAUAUAGCUAAUGCGAAUGGUUUUAUUAUCUCCCGACGAAUUCAUGCCAAUGAUUCAGUAAUUACUAUCGGUGAAAGGGAUAAUGGGGGGAACCUAACUGAUAAUGCUAAAUCACUCGACAAUUUAGACCCCGAUACCACCGAAGGAAAUGCGAAUUUGGCUUAUUUAUUUAACCCAGCCAACGAGGAGCAUACCAUUAUAGGGGGAAAAUACCGCGGAAUUAAAAUUUUUGAGGAUAAACAAGUGGUUGGAAAAAGUGAUAAUUCGAAUAAUGAUAUAGAAAAUGAUGUUAGUGCUAAUCCAGAACUUUGUUUAGUGGGUCGAGCCGCCUCUCCCUCUGAUUAUAUUAGUAAAGAAGAUAUCGAAGUUUUUCGGCAAAUUUUUCCAAAAAAAGACGUGAAAAAGGAUGGUAGUGUUAGUGGUAAUCAUGGUGAGAGAUUAGACGAGAAAAUUACAGUAACAAAAUCAGAUAAUAGCACAAUAGAAUUGUUACCAACUAGAAAUUUCUUUGCUAUUCAUGAUGCUUAUACUUACUAUGGAGCAGACAGCACAGAAGGGGAAAAAAGAAAAGCGGCGGUUAACCAAGCCUUUUAUAAUGCUAACUUUGAAGAAACUUAUUCCCGCGAAGAAUUAUUAGAACUUUAUUAUUUUCAACUUAAAACUGCUUGUGGUUAUUCUUCUCUAACAGACCAAGCAGAUAAAGAUAGUAUUGAUAAACCAUAUGAAGAAACUAAAAAAGUUUUAGAGUUAUUAAAUUUUAACCCGACUGGGAUAAACCAAACCGAAAAAGAUACUAAAAAAACCGAACUGACUAACUAUAAAGAGGGAACUAACGGGAAGCCAAAGUUUACUGGGCUAGCCAAACAAAUUCAACAAAAAAUAGAUGAAAUUGAUGGAGUUAUAAGUUUAGAUACGCACAUUGAUAAUGCGAUUGCUGCGGCUACCACUGCCAAUAAUACCAAAGCCAAAUCUGCCUAUGAUAAGUUUAAAGCCCUCCCUGCCAGUGAUACCAACCGAACCCAAGAGUUUUUUAACGAAUUAAAAAAAUUGGUUGAACUUUUAAAAACCGCCGGAGGAGAUAACCAAAAAGAAAAAACCAGAUUAAAAGCAGCCAUUAAAAUUGUGCUUGGAAAAGACGAUAAUGCUGUUUUUGAAGAGGUAAUUAAAGACAUUAACACUAGUGAAAUUGAUAAAGCCGCUCAAAUUUUGGAAGAGGCUGCCAAAGGAGAAGGUAAACAAAAAAGUGAUCCAGAAGCCAGUACAAUUUGUAAUACACUAAUCAACUUACGCAACAAAAACACUAAGGCUUGGUCAGCAGCGAAUAAAGUAAAGAAAGCAGGAGAUACGCAAGGUUAUCCAGAAAAAAUUUUAGCCCAGUUGAAUUUACAGGAAGGGAUAGAAGCGAUUAUUAAUGAAAUUGGAUUAGACCAAGCCGACACUAUCGAAAAAGUGGAGGAAAAAGAGCAAGCCUUUAAAAGCAGAACAGUUGAUGGUGAGACAAAAAAAAGUUUUGAAAAUAUAAUUUUCCCACGAAAAAAAUUAGCGGUUAAGUUGGAAAAAAAACCAAACGCUUCCCAAGAAGAAAAAAAAUUAGGUCAAUUAAUAGAAGAAUUUUACAAAACAGUUUCCUUAGAAACUGAUAAAGAUUAUAGUGAUAAUACAAGCGAAACCCAAUUAAAAAAACUCCAAGAAAAAUUAAAGCAAUUAAAAGACUACUCGGAGGGAAGUGGAAAAACCAAAACGGUUUUUGAUGGCUUAGAACCCACAGAAAAAACGCUUAUUACUGAUUUAGUUAAAAAUAUAGGUGAGAGGGUUAGUGCUAUGGAACAAGCCCAAAAUAAAACCGAAAAGAAACCCGAUGAACCUAACUGA